UUUGUAUAAUAACUUGAAUUUUAUUCUUUCAGCUGUACUGGAAGUGAUGACUGAUGAUGUUUUAGUAUUGAUUUGUAAAUUCCAUUGUAUGUAUACUAGUAAGCGGUAGGUGCAUAUUAUAGUUAAAAUGAGUUGCGAGCAAAAACCAUGUGUCGUACCAGCAGAAAACUUUAAUGCUGUUGAGGAUGCAGCUACUUUACGAAGUGCUAUGAAAGGUUUUGGUACCGAUGAAGAAGCUAUCAUUGAACUUUUAACUUCACGUUCCAACGCACAACGACAAGAAAUUAAAGAAGCAUUUGAAAAAGAAUAUGAACGGGAUUUAAUUGAAGAUUUGAAAAGUGAGUUAGGAGGAAACUUUGAAAAAGUUAUUUUAGCACUUAUGACUCCACCAAAUGAGUAUAUGUGUAAAGAAUUGAAUAAUGCAAUGGAAGGCAUGGGUACUAAGGAAGAUACCAUUAUUGAAAUUUUAUGUAGCCGGCCAAGUGAGGAAAUAAAAGAAAUUGUUUCAGCUUAUGAAGCAUUAUAUGAUAGACCACUGGUUGAGCAUUUAUGUCGUGAAAUAUCUGGAAAAUUUAGUCGACUUAUAACUUUAAUUGCAACUGGUACUCGUGAUCCAGCUGGAACUGUUGAUCCAGAAAAAGCUAAGGAAGAUGCUGAAUUGUUGUAUGCAGCUGGUGAAGAAAAAUUGGGCACAGAUGAAGAAACGUUUAAUCGUAUAAUGUCGCAUUCAAGUUUUGCACAAUUAGCUUUAGUAUUUGAUGAAUAUAAAACUUUAUCUGGUAUGACUAUAGAACAAGCUAUUAAACAUGAGAUCGGCGGGCAUUUACAUGAUGCUUUAAUGGCAAUUGUGGAAUGCACACAAUCACCCCCUGCAUAUUUUGCUAAACGAGUACAUAAAGCUAUGGACGGGAUGGGCACAGUUGAUACAGCUUUAAUUCGAAUAAUUGUUAGUCGGUCAGAGAUUGAUUUGGACAGUGUAAAAGACGAGUUCGAAAGGAUCUAUAAUCGAACUUUGUAUAGCGCAAUUGCGAAUGAAACAUCUGGAGAUUAUAAAAAGGCUUUGGUUGCUUUACUUAAAGUUUAAAGAAACAAUAACAAUUUCAACGUGCAAUAAAGUAUUUUAGUGGCCUUUUGUUUUAGUAUUAUGUAUAUAUACAUACAUACAUACAUUUUUGAAUUUACUCAAAUGAAGAAGGAAUUUAAGAUAAUGCAAGUAGAAAAUCAAAAUUAGCAACAUAGUUUAUAGAUAAUAUUAGUAUUUAAAAUUAAAUGUAUUUUAUUGUUUUUUGCUUUUAAGUGAAAUAAGCUAUACAAAGAUUGAUAAACACUCAAAUAUAUUAUAAUAUAUAUGUA